AUGCAGUCGAAAAUGACGCUGGUUCUUUAUAGGUUUGCCCCGCCCAGCAUAAUGGACACAUUGUUCAAGUUGAAAACCGUUGCACUAUGGCAAGCAUUAAAGGAAUGGGCUCCUAAAGGUCGGCUGACCAACAUAGACGACGUGGUAGACUACGUUCUCUAUCGCGGACCGACGUUUAGCUCAGAGAUGAGCGCUCUCGCACAUCUUUCACAGUUAAGCGUAUUCACGAGGAAAGCUGUCAUCUGUGCGCUUCUUUUGCCACUUAACACAUUGCUACUCGCUGGAGCUAAUAGCUAUGAAGGAAAACAUAUUCCUACUGGUGAAUAUGAAAACAGCGUCAUAUCCGAUGUGCUCUUAUUGUUCGGCUACGUGCUCGCUGUCAUCGUCUAUCUCAAGUAA